AUGAAUCACAAACUCGCAGUAGCCACGGUCUCGCUGGGCUGGCACCGGUCUCACACCCUUGAGCGGAAAAUUGAAGCAGCCAAAUCCGCCGGAAUUAGUGGCGUCGAGCCCCACGAUACGGACCUGAACAAUUUUGCGAAGAGCCAUAGGAUGGCACGAUUGGAGGCCGCAGCCGCGGUUGGAAAACUUUGUAACAGGUCGAACAUGGAGAUCAUUGCCUAUGGACCGUUUAGCAACUUCGAAGGAGAACCAACACCAUUAGAAGGACGGCUGGACACCGCACGCGAGUGGAUGCAAAUUGCUCACAACUUGGGCACCGAUGUCAUUCAAAUACCAGCGAACGACAGUAAAGCCGCCAUAGGCGAAGAGAGAGUCAUCAUCACCGAACUGCAGGCCUUAGCCGAUCUGGGCCGGCAACAGGACUCCCCUAUCUCGUUCGCAUACGAAGCACUGGCAUGGAGUGCACACGUAGCCGACUGGGAAGAAUCCCUCAGAGUUGUACAACAUGUAGACCGAAGCAAUUUUGGCCUUUGCUUGGAUACUUACCACGUCUUAGCCAGAGUUUGGGCAGAUGCGAGGGCCCCAAGUGGCCUCCGGCCUGGCGGUGCUUCUGCCCUGCGAGACAGCGUCCAAAGAUUCCUGGACUCAUGCCCCCCAGAAAGGAUCGCCUAUGUUCAGCUGAGUGACGCUGAGAGGCAACGGCCACCUCUUCUACCAGGUCACCCGGCUUAUGCUGCGGAUCAGGACUGCACGCGAUCAUGGUGUUUGUACGGCAGACUUUUCCCGUACGAGACCGAAAAGGGCGCAUAUCUACCAAUGGACGAUAUUCUGCGUGCUUGGCUGCUCGAUAAAAAGUGGUCAGGGUGGGUAAGCAUGGAGGUCUUCCACCGUAACAUGGCGGAGGAAUCCAUGGUCUCUGAGUUGUGGGCGGAACGUGCGAGAACCUCAUGGGACCGGGUUGUCCAGGUUUUGCAGAAACACGCUCAACAGCAGACAACAGACAUGCAGCAAUGA